AUGAGCGAACGAUCAAGCUCCAAAUCCAAUGUCAUAGAUGGGCGACCAUUGAACGAAACAAACUAUACCCUGCCACACAAUGCAGAGGAAGAAGAGAGAUUAAACGAACAACACUUUAUCCUAGGACACGCGUUCAACGGGGAUUUUUCAGCACCUGUCGACCAACUGUUGAGAAAUGGGGGGGCAAGGGUACUUGACGUCGGCUGCGGUUCAGGCAUUUGGACUUUAGAAUUAGCCAAAGAGUAUCCCAAUUCUUGUUUUAUCGGCAUAGACAUUGCACCUGUGAACAUUACGGGCGAAAAGCCUAGUAACGUCGAAUUCAUAGAAUAUAAUGUUCUCGAUGGACUUCCUUUUGAGAGUAAUUCGUUCGAUUACGUAUUUGCCAGAGCUCUUGUCUCGGUGUAUACAAGAUCACAAUGGACUGAGCUUGCUAUUCCCGAGUACACGAGAAUUAUCAAGCCAGGCGGGUGGUUAGAGUUGAUGGAGUGGGAUACAGUUUUAAAAGGUGGAUCCGAGAAUAUUAAACGUUUGAAUGAUGCAAUCAUCAGCAUGUGUGAUCAAAAAGAUCUUAACGUGGCACCUGGCUAUGAAAUCCAAGGCUUCAUUGAACAAUCUGGCCAUUAUACAAAUAUUGGUUACGAGGAAAAGUCAGUACCGAUAGGACCAAAGGGAGACAAGUAUGCUGAAAUGGCAAUAAAAGACUGGCAACAUGUCUGGCAUGGACUGAAAUUCCCCUUGAUGCCAAUCAUGCAGGUGGCUGGGGAACAAUAUGAUGCGAUUUCCGAGGCUGCAGUCGGGGAAUUGAUCGAGCAGGGUGUCAUUUGGGAAAAUAUGAGGGCGUGGGGUCAGAAAAAGGAUCGCGUUUAA